GGAGGACCGGAGCAGAUCCCGACCUAACAGACCCCCCAUUGCCUUUACAGAGACUGAGAUUGACGGCGACCAUCAGUGCAUCAGUCCGGGGUUCCUGCACACGCAGCCGGGACUCUGUCUUCUGAGCGCCGUAUGUAUCCAGCCGGGGGGAUAUCUGCAAGCAUACACGCCAACAGGCUCCGGUCGGAGGGCAUGGGCUCCAAGGACCAGGCCGUGCUCUUCUCCAAUCAGGACUACGAGGCGCUGAAGCAGGACUGUGUGGAGUCGGGAUGUCUGUUCGAAGACCCCUGCUUCCCUGCUGAACCUCCAUCUCUGGGCUUUAAGGAGCUCGCACCGCACUCCUCUAAAACAAGAGAUGUGGUUUGGAUUAGGCCCACGGAACUGACCGAUGACCCCCAGUUCAUUGUGGGUGGGGCCACCAGAACAGACAUCUGUCAGGGUGCUCUUGGUGACUGCUGGCUCUUAGCAGCCAUCGGCUCCCUGACUCUGAAUGAGAGGCUCCUUCAUCGGGUCGUUCCGCACGGCCAGUCCUUUCAGGAUGACUACGCUGGAAUCUUCCACUUUCAGUUCUGGCAGUUUGGCGAAUGGGUAGAUGUUGUGAUUGACGAUCGACUGCCUGUCAAAGACGGGGAGCUGAUGUUUGUCCAUUCAGCCGAAGGCAAUGAAUUCUGGAGCGCACUCCUGGAGAAAGCCUAUGCCAAGCUAAAUGGCUCCUACGAGGCUCUGUCUGGAGGAAGCACCACUGAGGGGUUUGAAGACUUCACAGGUGGUGUGUCUGAGAUGUACGAGCUGCGCAAGGCUCCUCGAGAUCUGUACAGGAUAAUCAGCAAAGCUCUGGAGAGAGGCUCCCUGCUGGGUUGCUCUAUCGAUAUCACUAGUGCCUUCGACAUGGAGGCCGUUACGUUCAAGAAGCUCGUGAAGGGCCAUGCCUACUCGGUGACUGCAUUGAAGGAGGUUGAUUACCGUGGUGACACGGUGCGCCUUAUCCGAAUACGUAACCCCUGGGGCCAGGUGGAAUGGACCGGUGCCUGGAGUGACAAUUCCCCUGAAUGGGAUGAGGUUGACCCUUCGGACCAGGAAGACUUGAUGGAGGAUGGGGAAUUUUGGAUGUCUUUCAGUGAAUUCUUGCGACAGUUUUCUCGACUUGAGAUCUGUAACUUGACUCCAGACGUACUUAGUGAGGACGCUGUCAGCCACUGGAACACCAUGAAGUUCUACGGCAUGUGGAGGAAAGGCAGCACAGCGGGGGGCUGCAGGAACCAUCCCAACACGUUUUGGAUCAACCCCCAGUACAAAAUCACGUUACUGGAGGAGGAUGAUGACCCGGAAGACGAUGAGGUGGCGUGCAGUUUUUUGGUAGCCCUCAUGCAGAAGGACCGCCGCAGAUAUCGGCGUCAGGGUGGGGACAUGCACACCAUUGGCUUUGCUGUCUACGAGAUUCCAGAAGAGUACAGAGGCUGCCAGAAUGUCCACUUGAAGAAAAACUUCUUUUUGAGUCAUUCGUCAUGUGCUCGCUCAGAGACGUUCAUCAACCUGCGGGAGGUGAGCACACGGCUGCGUCUGCCCCCCGGGGAGUACCUCAUUGUCCCCUCGACCUUUGAGGCUGGCCAAGAGGCCGACUUUGUGCUCCGAGUCUUCACUGAAAAACAGUCAGAAACAGAAGAGCUGGACGAUGAAAUCUCUGCUGACUUUGGAGAUGAGGAGGAAAUAACAGAAGAUACCAUUGAUGACUCUUUUAAGGCCAUGUUUGCACAACUAGCAGGAGAGGACAUGGAGAUUUCUAUUCGUGAGCUUCGGACCAUUCUUAACAGAGUCGUCUCCCGCCACAAGGAUCUGAAGACUGAUGGCUUCAGUAUGGAAUCAUGCAGGACCAUGAUCAACCUGAUGGAUAAAGACGGCAGUGCCCGCUUAGGACUUGUGGAGUUUCAGAUCCUCUGGAACAAGAUCCGAAAGUGGCUGGUCACUUUCAGGGAGUUUGAUCUCGACAAGUCGGGGGCCAUGAGCUCAUACGAGAUGCGUCUUGCUGUGGAGGCAGCAGGUUUCAAACUAAAUAACCAGCUGAACCAGAUUCUGGUCGCCAGGUAUGCAGAGAAUGAAAUGGUCGACUUUGAUAACUUCAUCUGCUGCUUGGUCAAGCUUGAAGCGAUGUUUAGGUCUUUCCAGCAGUUUGACAAAGAGGGAACAGGAGAGGCUGAGAUGACUCUCACAGAGUGGCUUUACCUGACGAUGUGUGGAUGAGCUGGCCUGACUGUACAGGAGGAAGAUGUCAUGGCAUGUUGCCUGCAGCUCUGAAGACCCCUCUGCCUUUUACACGCUCCACCUCAGUGCAACUAAAAAGUAAAAUAAAAGCUGUACAGACAAAAACCCGUCUAAAAAAGCCAAAAACUAUGCAAACCCUAUAGUAAAAACCAGUAACCAUGCAACAUGCAUUUAUCACUGUAAAUGGAGAGGGAAAAAAAACAACCACAGCUUGUUCCUGUGUAUGCUGCACCACAAAUUAGUUUUUACAUUUUAAGUUUUUCUGUUUACGUUGAAAUCAUAUUAUAAUUUUAAUAAUUAAGAUAUAUUACUAAAACUGUCUGGAGUUUUAAAUGUGUUAGUAUAGUGCUAACAGACACAAUCAUUCUACAGGUAUUUGUUUUUAACCUGAUUUAAAAUAAAACAGGAAUCAAUCAGUAUUGUUUAUUUCAUACUUUGACCUUUAGGUGGCAGUACAGACCUAAUGUGAGUCCAAGUAUUUGUCCUUACCUCAUAGUUUUAAUGUUUUUAUUCAGUUUAAGCAGCUGCCUUUUCUGUUUUUUAAAUUUGCACUUUAGUUUUAGCCGUUAGAAAAGUUUUCUCACAUUAAAGAAAACAAUUAUUGUAAAGCGAUACUAACAGGAAUCGCAUGACGCUGAAAGUCUCAUAUGUAUACAUGUUAACGUAGAAGUUAAAAUUGUGCCAGUCAUGCUUUGUCUUGCCAAUGUAAGUUGUGCCUUCAAUAAAUAUUUCUUCUGAAAA